AUGAUGCAAGCCUUGUUCUUCCAGGUGCUGGACUACUCAGAAGCAGCAAUCACCACUGCAUCCAGCACACUUGAGUUCAAGCAGACCCUGAUAGACAAGUACAGCAGGCUUGAAACCAGCGACGCUGGCAUUACCAUCAGGUAUAUGUGGUGCAUGGACCUGGCGGGAGAGAUCAACAACUUCAUGAAUGGGCUGCUGCUGUUCAAGCCCAUGGCGUGGGCUUUUGACACAUCUCGCCUCUGCUUCACCUGGGACCAAGGCUGGGGCCACUAUGUGCCCCAUCUCCUGGACCACAACCUCAAGGACACCACGCUGAUGGACAAGCUCCUGGAGUUGGCGGUUGCGGAUGCGAAGUUGCGUCCUACACCAACUGAGAGGGAGGUGAUGGGGAAGUGCCUGGAGGUGCGCGCCACAGGCAAGCUCAUCACGUUCGGCGACCUGCCCAGCUUCCCGCUGACGGCAGCCAAGGGCAUGUCGGCCCCGCAGCCUUUCCAGCGCAUCUUGGAGUUCCAUGCCAAGCGGGCAUCAGCCAAAGCCCGUGAGAUGGGCUGGUCGCAUGAGCCUGUUGGGUUCUCGGCUGCUUCACGAUACAAGAUGAGGUCUGCAGUGCUGGCAUGGCUGGAGGACGCAGCUGCUGCUGGUGCAGGUGUGGCGCAGCCACCUGCAAUCGUGGCUGGCGCGCUGCAGGAGCUGGUGUAA